AUGUUUGUUCGGGUGUUUGGUCCUGCCUCCAGCAUGGCGCUCGAACGCAUAACCGCUAACAACCUAACAGAAAAGGAGGAAAAAAAAAACAAGAGAAAAGAAAGAACCGAAUCGAGUAAGAACCUUAGAGAGCUUGCAUUCGCCACAACUGCACAAAUAGCCAGCACCCAUUAUCACCCCUCUAAGGCUAGGACCCCAUCAUAUAUUCCUGUUUCUAGUAAUCUUCUCACGUCCAACGGGAAAUUACUAAACAACCCGUUUUUCACUUUUGUCUCCUUAUUCUGUUUGCCCUUGUCCGAGUUCUCGUCAAUGACAGCUGUCUCGUCGCUGUAG